CGGUCGCUGUUUGUGGUCGAUUCUAGAGGGGCCUUUGGAAAACGAGCAGAAGGGAGGCUAAGACGCACCUCCGCCCCUUCGAACGAGCCGUGAGCCUCCCCGUGGGCGGGGAGUGCGACAGUCAGCCGAGGUCACCCCGAGGGCAGGGAAAAGGUGACGCCCGCGUGAGCUCUCGAGACCCGCCUCGGUCGCCGCCUCUCCGGGUCCCGCGAUGGCGGCGGCGUGCGUGGACCCGGCGCAGGUGUCUGUGUCCUUCGAUGAUGUGGCUGUGACCUUCACGCAGGAGGAGUGGGGGCAGCUGGACCUGGCCCAGAGGACCCUGUACCAGGAGGUGAUGCUGGAGACCUGCAGGCUCCUGGUGUCUCUGGGGUGUCCUGUUCCCAGACAUGAGCUGGUCCAUCAGCUGGAGCACGGGCAGGAGCUGCGGAUGAUGAUGAAAGACCUCUCCCAAAGCACCUGUCCAGAUGAGGAAGGAAAACCCAAGACCACAGAACCUACUACUUGUGAAACUGCCAUUUCUGAGGGAGCCUCACUUCAGGAAUUAACACAAGGAGCUGAACGCACAGAAUACUUCCAGGUGGAUCACGCCAAGGAUCAGAGUGGGCCAUUGGAAUUGCAGGAAGGACAGCUGAAAUCAGAUACAGACCUGCAGAAGGAGAAACUUCCUAGGAAAUCAAGCUCUGAACGUGGUGGCUUAGGGACAGCUGAUGAUGUGUGUUCAAGAAUUGUGCAGCAGGCAGUACCUCCAGGAGGUGCUCUCCUUGACCAUGACUCACAUGAAAUUGAUAAACAUCCCAUGAUUCAGGAAGAGGAAAAUAUCUUUAAAUGCAAUGAAUGUGGAAAAGUUUUUAACAAGAAACGCCUCCUUGCUCGACAUGAGAGGAUUCACUCUGGAGUGAAGCCAUAUGAAUGCACAGAGUGUGGGAAAACCUUUAGUAAGAGCACUUACCUCCUUCAACACCACAUGGUCCACACAGGGGAGAAGCCAUAUAAGUGCAUGGAGUGUGGCAAAGCCUUCAACCGCAAGUCACACCUUACCCAACACCAGCGGAUUCACAGUGGAGAGAAGCCCUAUAAGUGCACUGAAUGUGGAAAGGCCUUCACCCACCGCUCCACUUUUGUCUUGCAUAACAGAAGCCACACCGGAGAAAAACCCUUUGUCUGCAAAGAAUGUGGAAAAGCCUUCUGAGAUAGGCCAGGUUUCAUUCGACACUACAUCAUCCACAGUGGUGAGAAUCCUUAUGAGUGUUUCGAGUGUGGCAAGGUCUUCAAACACAGGUCAUACCUCAUGUGGCACCAGCAGACUCACACGGGGGAGAAGCCCUAUGAGUGCAGCGAGUGUGGGAAGGCGUUCUGUGAGAGUGCAGCCCUCAUUCACCACUACGUCAUCCACACUGGGGAGAAGCCCUUUGAAUGCCUCGAGUGUGGGAAGGCCUUCAACCACAGGUCAUACCUCAAGAGGCACCAGCGGAUCCACACUGGCGAGAAGCCUUAUGUUUGUGGUGAGUGUGGAAAGGCCUUCACCCACUGCUCCACUUUUAUCUUACAUAAGAGGGCCCACACUGGAGAGAAACCUUUUGAGUGUAAAGAAUGUGGGAAAGCCUUCAGCAAUCGGGCAGACCUCAUUCGACACUUCAGCAUCCACACUGGAGAGAAGCCCUAUGAGUGCGGUGAGUGUGGCAAGGCCUUUAACCGCAGGUCAGGCCUCACGCGGCACCAGCGGAUUCACAGUGGAGAGAAGCCCUAUGAGUGCAUGGAGUGCGGGAAAACCUUCUGCUGGAGCACCAACCUCAUUCGACACUCCAUCAUCCACACUGGAGAGAAGCCGUAUGAAUGCAGUGAAUGUGGAAAGGCCUUCAGCCGCAGCUCAUCCCUCAGUCAGCAUCAAAGGGUUCAUACUGGGAGAAACCCUGUCAGUGUAACAGAAGUGGGAAGACCCUUCGCAAGUGGACAAUCCUCAGUCAACCUCCAAGAACUCCUGUUGGGGAAAGACUUUUUGAAUGUAAACACUGUGGAAAAUGUUUUGCCAGAAGAAACAUCUUACUCAGAAUCUAAUCAUUCAUACCAAAGAGAAGGCCCACAAUUUUCUUCCCUUUGUGCCCACAGUGAAGAGGUGGGUCCGACUCCGCGUUCCAGGCUUCGCGGGAGAAGACAGGCUUGGACAGUCCCACACAUCCGGUUGUCUGUAGCUCAAAAUUACACUCUUGAGGCACCGCGGUGCUUGUCGGAGCGCGCGCUGGGCCAAUCUUGGCUGAAGACAGGACCGUUUCCGGCGGACGACGCCGGUGUGGGCGGGACUUCCGGUCCCCCGAUAACCGUCAUCUGCCUGUGGCCAGUCGCUCUCCCCCUGCUGUGGGAUCUGGAGCGAUGGGUUCAGUGGGUUUCCUGGGCCGGAACCGGGAAGGCCCGUCCCGUGACCGCCCGCCGGGGCCCCAACCUCGGUCCCCGCAACCCUGAAGCGAUGCCUUGGGCCUCGUGUGCGUCUUACACGGGGAAACUGAGCUUGGAGUGCGACCGUCAGCCACGGUCACCCGCUCUUGCUGGUCGCCUGAGGCGGUGGGACCUACCUCGGUCACUGCCUCUCCGGAUCUCGCUUUGUCCACAGAGUCCCGUCAUGGCCGCUGCGUGCGUAGACCCCGCUCAGGUGUCUGUGACCUUCGAUGAUGUGGCCGUGACCUUCACCCAGGAGGAGUGGGGGCAGCUGGACCCAGCCCAGAGGACCCUGUACCAGGAGGUGAUGCUGGAGACCUGCAGGCUUUUGGUGUCUCUGGGCUGUCCUUUACCUAAACUGGAACUUAUCUGCCCAUUGGAACACAGCCUGGACUUACAGACAUUGAAGAGAGGACUCUCCCCAAGCUCCUGCCGAGGUGACAUCACAAAACCCAAGACCACAGACUCCCGCCCUUGCAACCGGGCCUUGUCUGAGAACAUCUCACCCCAAAAGCAACUGACUCAGCGAGAUUCAGGGGGUGCCCAUGUGGGGCAAAGCAAAGACCGAGAUGGACCAUCAGAAGUUCAGGAAGGCCACCUGAGACCAGGGACAGAUCCCCUGAGGGAGAAGCUUCCUGGGAAACUGAGCCCUGAACAUGACAGUUUAGGAAGAGGUGGUGGUGUGCAAUUCUGGACCAUUCAGGAGCCUGUGUCUCCAGGAGAUGCUUUGUCUGAACAAGACUCACACAGAUCAAUGAAAGAUCCCUUAAUUCAUGAAGGAAAACAGCCCUACACAUGUGAGGAAUGCGGGAAAAUGUUUAACAAGAAAUGCUUCCUGGUCCUACAUACACAAGUUCACACUGGAGUGAAGCCCUAUGGAUGCACAGAGUGUGGGAAAACCUUUAGCAAGAGCACCCACCUCCUGCAGCACCACUUGAUUCACACAGGGGAGAGGCCCUUUGAGUGCCUGGAGUGCGGGAAGGCCUUCAACCGCCGGUCACACCUCACCAGACACCGGCGGAUCCACACUGGAGAGAGGCCCUAUGUGUGCAGUGAGUGUGGAAAGGCCUUCACCCACCGCUCCAAUUUGGUCCUGCAUAAUAGGGGCCACACAGGGGAAAAACCGUUUGUGUGCAAAGAAUGUGGGAAAGCCUUCCGUGAUAAGACUGGUUUUCUUCGACACUACAUCAUCCACACGGGAGAAAAGCCGUUCGUGUGUGUGGAGUGUGGGAAGGCCUUCAAUCGCAGGUCACACCUCACAUGGCACCAGCAGACUCACAGUGGGCUGAGACCCUUCGAAUGCAAGGAGUGUGGAAAAGCCUUUUGCGACAGCACAGACCUCAUUCAGCACUACGUCAUCCACACUGGAGAGAAGCCAUACAAGUGCCUCGAGUGUGGCAAGGCCUUCUACCGCAGGUCACACCUCAAGCAGCACCAGCGGAGUCACACUGGGGAGAAACCAUAUGUGUGUGGUGAGUGUGGAAAGGCCUUCACCCACUGCUCCACUUUUAUCUUACAUAAGAGGGCCCACACUGGAGAGAAACCCUAUGAGUGCAAAGAGUGUGGGAAAGCCUUCAGCAAUCGGUCAGACCUCAUUCGACACUUCAGCAUCCACACUGAAGAGAAACCCUAUGAGUGCGGUGAGUGUGGGAAGGCCUUUAACCGCAGGUCAUACCUCACGAGACACCAGCGGAUUCACAGUGGAGAGAAACCUUUUGAGUGCAUGGAAUGCGGGAAAACCUUUUGCCAGAGGGCAAACCUCAUUCGACACUCCAUCGUCCACACCGGGGAGAAGCCUUUUGUGUGCACUGAAUGUGGUAAGGCCUUCACCUACUGCUAUACUUUUAUCUUACAUAAGAGGGCCCACAUUGGAGAGAAACCUUUUGAGUGUAAAGAAUGUGAGAAAGCCUUCAGCACUAGGAAAGAUCUCAUUAGACACAUCAGCAUCCACGCCGGAGAGAAGCCCUAUGAGUGCGGUGAGUGUGGGAAGGCCUUUAACCGCAGGUCAGGCCUCACGCGGCACCAGCGGAUUCACAGUGGAGAGAAGCCCUAUGAGUGCAUGGAGUGCGGGAAAACCUUCUGCUGGAGCACGAGUCUCAUUCGACACGCCAUCAUCCACACUGGAGAGAAGCCGUAUGAAUGCAGUGAGUGUGGAAAGGCCUUCAGCCGCAGCUCAUCCCUCACUCAGCAUCAAAGGGUUCAUCUUGGGAGAAGCCCUGUCAGAUAGAAUAGAAAUGGGAAGAGUGUUCACAAGUGGACAGUC